AUGGGGGAGAUGCCGGGCCCCAUGGGCCCCUCCCUGCGUACGGGCAUGCAUUUUAUUUUCGGAGGGCCGCAUGCAUUGAAGGUGGCAGUGUUCUGUUCUCCUACAGAGACUGUCCCUAUCCAGCUUCCCAACCAACCAACAUCUAAUGUGACCGCCAGCAACAUCACUGUCGUUACGGCCUAUUUUAAUCUGGGAGCAUUUCGUAAAGUUCAGGUCAAUAACAUCUUGACGAAGAAAACCUACGACAACUGGAGUGAAGUUUUUAAAUACAUUUUAAACCCAGUGAUUGUUUACACGGACUCGUACGAAUUUGCAGACAGAAUGAGUUAUAUUCGGAGAUUUAGAAACGAAACAACCAAAAUAAUUGUGAUUCAACGAAAUUCAUCUUGGGCAUUCAAUUUACGAGACAGAAUUUUUGCCAUUUAUUCUCAAAAAGGUUACCCUAAACACUACCCUAACACCGUGUUACCUGAAUAUGCUUGCUCGCAAAUAGCCAAAUAUGACGUCCUCGGUAGGGCCGCACAAGAUAAUACUUUCAACACGGACUACUUCAUGUGGCUUGACAUUGGCUAUUUCCGGAACAGGACGUCCACUACGCCAUUUCGAUUGAAAAGACCGCCAUAUUUCAAAGAAAAAAUGGUAGCCAUGAAUUUAAUAAGGUUUAACGCAAAUCUUGCAUUGUCACCGGAGGUUAUUUUUAAAAAGAAUUUACUGUGGAUCGGAGGCGGUAUCGUCUUUGCAAACCGCUUGACUAUUCUUGCGUUUGAAUAUCAGUUUCGCCAGGCAGUGGAGUAUUUUAUGUCACUGUCUCUCAUGAACUCGGAUCAGCAAAUUAUCUACGCCAUGUUCAGCGUUGAAGGAAGGCGCGUGCUUAAGCCGGCUACUGAGAUCCAGUUGUAUAAGCCACCAACCGAGUACAACUGGUUUUAUCUUGGCUUUUUUAUGCUUCAUGAAGAGUCGCCCUAAAAACAUGUGCGUGCUGGAAAAUAUAACAUAAUUUUAUUAAACAGACAUUUAAGAGUUUCUAGACGAGGUAAUAAAACGAUCAACUGUUUCAAUAUAAGUUUAACUAUUCGUGUGUAUGAUCUAAACUAUUUGAUUGGCUCAUUUACAACCUCGACGACAUUUGACGCGUUUGAUUGUUUCAUUUGUUCCAAUAUGCAAUUUGAGUGACGCUUGUAUACCGCUCACCUGCUUGGUACGCGGUCUGACUGUUGGGGAGAAAAUGGGUGGGAAUGGGCGAUGGUAGCUCCGGAUGGGGUCAGUGGGUCUCCUCCGUCGAUCUUGGACUAAUCUGUUGUCACGGACAGCGAUAGGGUGGAUGAUGGAGCGCUUGUCUCGAUUGCUUCCGCGGUUCUGGGCUCAGGGCGGGGUCGGGACGAAUCGCAAAUGCCUUUCACAACUGACUUUUACGAACAGUUUCGCUUACCCCUCCUAUUCCGCUCCAGACAUAAACACAACAACCACGUGUAAUAUUGUAAACCACCAGAGCUUAUCAUCAUAGCAACCACACUUUUGGUUUCUAAAUUACUACACAAAAUUUAUUCAAGAUUUGUAUUAUUUAAAUAUUAACUAAUGGUUCCCUUAUAUCUCGGCAUCAAAAUAACUCAUCUGACGAGCCACAGACGCCCAUGAUUACCGGGGCACGUUAAGGUCAUCAUUGGCCACCGGGCUAUGGUUUCCUUUUAAAUCUAUUUGUUUAGCGAAUACCCAUAUAUCAGGGGUAAAUUGUGACCUACCUGAAGAUGUCGUGAAAACGCGGAGAUAAAUAAACUCUGAUACACACAUAUAACAAAACAGUUAAGAAACAUCAAGGCAGUUAUAGUAUAGUAAUAUUCCCAUUGAUCGACUUAUAAAGGGCAACCGUCAGUUUAAUAAAAGAAUCAGAACAACUGCUAUGCAACACUGGUUGUAAUUUCGUCAUAAAAGGUUUGGUGUAAUAACUUUAAUAUAUAUAUUUGAAGCUUUUGGUUUAGGGUAUUGUGGCAAAUAUCACAUUUAAAAAACGGUUAGUGUGCCAGUUAUAAGCAUAAAAUAGUAUAUAAUAUGACCUAAUCGGUAUUCAUGUAUUUGCAUUGUGCGUAAAACACCUUUGAGUACUGUCUAAGAACAUAAAUUAAUAAAAGUCAGCCUUCUGGACGGGAUACAAUAUAGCGUCGCAAUGCUUUGUUUAAUUAUUUACACAUAACAUCAAACUGUGCGUAACUAAAAAUCAAUAACGUCAAUGAUAAGAACGUUUUUAUGCCCCCGGUAGGGUGGCGUAUAGCAUUUGAACUCUGUUCGUCCGUCCGAAAGCUUGAACAUUGGCCAUACAUAUUGAAGAUAGCAACUUGAUAUUUGGCAUGCGUGUUUAUCUCAUGGAGCUGCACAUUUACAAUGGUGAAUUGUCAAGGUCAAGGUUAUCCUUCAUGGUCAAAGGUCAAAACAAUUCCAAUUGGAAGUAAUAAGCAUUAAAGGGAGAUAAUUCUUUUUACCAUU